AUUUGUGAGUAAACAUAUUUUGCUUUUGCUUGGUAUCCUUCCCUUUGUAGAUAUGUGCAAAAUAUCCUUAUACGGAUCAAUUUUAUGGGCUCUUCUCAGCUUAUGCACCUCAAAUUUCGGGACGUAUAAUGCUGCCACUUAACAUGACAUCUGAUGAUGGACCAAUUUACGUAAAUGCUAAGCAGUACCAUGGAAUCAUUAGGCGUCGGCAGUCCCGUGCCAAAGCUGUACUUCAUCACAAAUUGACUAAACGUCGCAAGCCUUAUAUGCAUGAAUCUCGCCAUCUCCAUGCAAUGAGGCGACCAAGAGGAUGUGGUGGUCGCUUCUUGAACACAAGGAAAUCUGGUAAUGGAAAUGGCAAAACUGGCAAUGGAGUGCAUGAAACUGUUGGUGAACGAUUUCAUUCCAGUGGUUCUCAGAGUUCUGAAUUCCUUCAGUCUGAAGCUGGAACUUUGAAUUCAUCAAAAGAGACUAAUGGCAGCAGUCCAAAUAUUUCUGGCUCAGAAGUGACUAGCAUGUAUUCGCGGGGAGGUCUUGACAGAUUUUCCCUCAAUCAUUUUGGAUCUUCUGUCCACACUCUGGCAGACAUGAUAGAUGGUGGGCGUGGUAUGAUCAUACCCCCCAAAUGGGCUGCAGCAGCAGGUAACUGCUGCAACCUUAAAGUCUGACAGGAAAAGAAUGAAGGGGGGGUUUGGUUCAAUACUGCACCGAACCCAUCCUUCAUGAGACCAGAUGAAGAAGCUUUGUUUCAGUUGACUGUGUUGACUGUGGCAAGAUUCGUUCUGUAGGAUCGUCCUAACAUCUGGUCUAGGCAAUUCAUCCCUGGCUCAUACUUUGGCAAUCCAUCCUUGGCUCAUGGUAACUUUAGGCAACUCAUCCUUGGCUCUGUAGUAAUUUGUCUUUAUGCAGGGGAGUGUCUUUGGCAUGGUUCAAACUAAUGACUUGAUACCCUGAUGCAGAAGACAACUGUGUGUCUUUGUGUGAAAAUAAAAGCAUGAAACUCCAUUUAUGUAUAUUUCUGCCAAGUCUAAACUUGGUUUUCUAUUUUGUAUUUAGGAACUAUGUAUUGCACAACUUUCACCUUUAGUCUUUUUUAAAUCAA